AUGGUUAAACUAGGGUCAUUUUUAGGAUUAAUUGUUUUUUUGCUUAGCAUUGGUUUUUUUAACGGUGUUAUGCUGCGUAAAGUUCCCACAUCGAUCGGAAAUUAUGAGUAUCCAUAUGGUGUCUAUAUUCCGAGAAAUUUCACUAUUCCAGCCGGAAAUGUUUUUAAAUUUAAGUUAUAUUCUGGUGGAUUUUUCUGGUAUAAAUGUAAUUGUGCUAGUAAUUGGAGUCUUGGUAGUGAAAUUACUAUUAGAUCAACUAUUCCAAAUGAUACUUCAACAAUGACUGUAACUGAAAUUGGUACUGCACCAUCAUUAGAUCCAACAAAAAAUUCUGUUUAUGAACUUAUUUUUGUUAAUAAAACCUCAGGAAAGGGGGCAUUUUCGGAUCUUACCUAUGCCAUUCUUACAGAUGUUAAGGGUGGAGCAGCACCACCAAGUACGGAAUGUAAGUUAAAAGAAUUAAGAAUAAUAUUAGGCAUUAUUAUUAUUUUAUUUACGACAUCUUAUGAUAUUUUGCAAUUAUUAG